AUGGGAUUACCGAAAGCUGUCAACUAUAUUAUAGUAGCGUAUAUUUUAUGCUCAAUCUUGUAUACAUCUACAUAUCUACUUGGGUUUAAAACAAGCCGAUCACCAUUUGGCAGCGUGUCUGAAUCCACUGUUGCCAAGUUACAAGAACGCUAUCAAGGCAAACAAUCUGUAGACUGGAAAAAUGAACUUGGACAAGUAAUUGAAUCAACACCUGAAGAUUUGGUACUUGGUAAAGUGUUUUCAGAGACUUUUGGACCUUCCAAAGUGAUUCCUUAUUAUUUCAAGGCCACCGAGAGAUUUGAUAACGAAGAAAUUACCAUGGCCACGCUUGUCACGUAUAAUCGAUUCAAGGUCCUCAGUCGACUUGCUUCUCAUUACAAAGGCCCUGUUUCUGCUGCUAUUCACGUCAAUGAUGAUGACUCAAAGCAACAAAUCCUGACUGAUUUGCACAAGCUCUAUGACGAGAAUGAAGAUAUGCGACGCUACGUUGACCUUCAUUUGGUGGUUGAUAAGUUUGACCGUCAAUUCAACAUGUGGCGUAAUGUCGCCAAAUUCUUUGCUCGUACAGACUAUAUUAUGAUGCUCGAUGUUGAUUUUUACCUCUGUACGGACUUUAGAAAAUCACUUCAAAAGCAACCUCAGUUGAUGGAAUUAUUAAGAGCUGGUAAGGCUGCUGUUGUUGUGCCAGCCUUUGAGUAUGUUGAUGAAAGUGACGGUGAGGAUUGGAAUGAUUUCCCAAAGACCAAGAAAGAGCUCUUGGUUGAUGUCGGCACAGAAAGACUCGAUAUGUUCCAUAGAGGAUGGACGCGUGGUCAUGGCUCAACAAACUAUGCAAAAUGGUAUCAACAAAAGAAACCUUACAAAGUCACAGAGUACAAUUACUCUUACGAACCCUAUGUUAUCUUUAAAAAGGAAGGUACUCCUUGGUGCGAUGAACGUUUUGUUGGUUAUGGCGCUAAUAAGGCCGCCUGUCUAUUUGAAAUUUAUUUGGCUGGUAUUGAUUAUUGGGUAUUGCCUGAUGACUUUUUGAUCCAUCAAACACAUCAUUAUCCUGAAGAUACAAGAGCUAAAGAACGUACUUACAACAAGAAGUUAUACGAUUACUACAGAGAAGAGACCUGCCUUCGCUAUGCUCGUAUUAUGAUUGCUGCUGAUGAAUGGAACACUCCAAAGUCUGCUAACCUUAAGAAAGAAUGUGGUAGAAUUCGUGGCUUUAAUGAUGUAAUUGGAAGAAUUGCUGCUGAACACAACGAGCUAUAG